AAGAGUCAAGAGUACCUCUUUUCUUAGAAUUAUUAAAUGCACCUUUUGUGAAUUCUUUAGGCAAGUUAAAUGCAGGUCUUGUUGCUUCCUCAAAUGCUACAUUCUCCCCAUACACGAAACACACUCCUCAUCUAAAACCCUACACACACUUCCUCCUAUUUAUUCUACUUACCAGUGUUGUCUACUCCCUCACUUUUUUCAGCUGCUACAUUUCCAUUUGCUCCACAACAAUGAGCAAGCAAGAUUUCAUGAAGAUGCAGAGCUGUGUUCUUAAAGUCAAUAUACAUUGUGAUGGAUGCAAAAAUAAGGUCAAAAAAAUAUUGCAGAAAAUUGAUGGAGUGUGUUCUAUAACCAUAAAUCCAGAACAAGGGAAGGUGAGUGUGAUAGGAAAUGUGGAUCCUCUGACGAUACUCAAGGAGCUAGAAAAGGGUGGAAAACAUGCAGAGCUAUGGGGAGGACAGAAGCUUACAAAUAACAUGAUGAAUAAUCUUAAUUUGUUUCACAACAUGCAAGUGCCAAGCAAUGGGAAAGGUGGCAAAAGCAACAAGUCUCAGAAGGGUGGAAAAAAUCAACAGAACAAUGUGAAGCAAAUGAAAGGGCAUGGAAAUCUCAACUUGCCUCAGAAACCAGCUAAGUUUAAUAUGCCUUUUGAUGAUGAUGAAUUUUAUGAUGAUAGUGAGUCUUAUGAUGAUGAUGAUGGUGGUGAGUUUGAAGAUGAAAUCUUUGAUGGUCACCAUCAUCAUAAGAAUAGUUUGAACAUUAAAAUGAAGCCAUUUAUGUGUAAUGGCCAUGGAGCUCUUGGCCCAAAGAAUGGUAAAAAAGGAGGUUUAAAAGUGAAGGGCAAGAGUGGUGGGAAAAAUGAUGGUAAAAAUAACAAAGGUGGAAAAGAGAAAAGUGUGUCUAAGUUUACUUCAUCACUUAAAGGGCUGUUUAGAAAAUCUGAUGAGAAAAAGUGCUGCAAAGAGAGCAAAAAAGGUGGAUGCCAUGGAGGAAAAGGUAGCCACAAGGGAAGUACAAUCAAGAGUGUUGGUAAAAAAGGGAGCAAAGAUAGUGGAGGGGUGAAAAAUAACAAGAGUGGGGGGUUAAAAGGAGGGGUAAAAAAGAAUGGUAAGGGUAAAAAGAAAGGGGAUAAUAAUGGUGAUGGAGCUGGGGAAGGUGGGCACAGUCUUGGUAGCUGGGAUCAUAUGAUAAAUAAUGAAGCAAUAAAUGAGAGUAGCUUCAAUAAGUCUAGAAAGGGUCAUAAUGGUGGUUCAGGUGGUAGGAAUGUGGGCCACAUGGGUCAGAUUGGAGAUUAUCCAAUCAAUCUGAUGGGUGGUGAUAGCUCGGCCCAUACUAACCUAAUGGGCCUUGAUCAGAUGGGCCGGAUGAGUAAUCAUAAUCAAAGGGGUCAGAUGGGUCAAGUGGGUCAAAUGGGAAUUAAUCAGAUGGGCCAGAAUAUGAAUAUGGGUCCAAUGGGCCAAAUGGGAAAUGUUCCAGCAGUUCAUGGGCUUCCUGCAGGUGCAGGAUACUACCAGAACAUGGGCCAGGCUUGGAACCAGUACAAUCAGCAGCAGCAACAGCAGUUGGCGGCAAUGAUGAUGAAUCAACAGCAGGCGGCGGCGCUGCAUGGAAGCGGAAUGUACCAUCCGGCAAUGCAGGGGAGGCCACAGGCAGCAGCCAUGAGCUACGGUCCGGCAAUGCCGCCGCCGGUGACGAUCAAUAUCACUGAAUACUUCAGUGAUGAGAAUCCAAAUAAUUGCAGCAUUAUAACAGGAAUCAUCAGAGUUUAAUAUGGAAGCUGAUCAGAGUUUAGUAAAGUCUGACAGAGUUUGAUAAAGUCUGACAGAGUUUGAUAAAGUCUGAUCAGAGUUUACAUAGUCAAGACUCGACAGAGUUUACACGUGGAAAAAGCUCAGAAGCGGAUAUACUUCAAGGAAGGAUAGAAGCGGAGGAGUGAUUUGCUGACUAUGGAAACUAAACAGAAAACUGGAGCAAUCUUUGAUUGAUAGAAUUCAUAGCUGAUUUAUAGGAUAUCAAAUCAGAGAUUGAUUUUGUAACUGUGUCUAUAUAAACACAGAUUAGGGUUACUCUAUAUGAGUUGAGUUAUCGAGUAUAUUUUACAGAACCCUAGCAGCUCUUA